AAGAUCGAACGAGAUCCAGGGGCCAGAAGGGGUCGUCUGAAAUUGGUGUUAAUUCCCAGGUUGCAAGCGACGCAGUAAUAGAUAAAAAGUCCGGGUAGCCUCCUGACAGUGCCAUUGACCACCAACAACUCUCACACCCCCAUUCUCCCCUUUUUGCAUCAACUGCACAACUCUAUAUCUCCGCUGUCAUCAUGGCUUCCUCCACAAUGUCCAACCUCGAGAAGGAGAACCACCAGCGCGAUGCCGAUUUCAACAAGGCCCUCCACGGCAAGUCGGCCCAGGCCAGGGGCGGCAUUGCUGCCAUGUUCUCCAAGGGCGCCUCUGCCAAGGGCGCUGCUGUCGACGAGUACUUCAAGCACUGGGAUAAUAAGGGCGCUGCCGACGAGACUGCAGAGACCCGUGCUCAACGUCAAGCCGAGUACGCCACCUUGACCAGGCAAUACUACAACCUGGCGACCGAUCUUUACGAGUAUGGAUGGGGCCAGUCCUUCCACUUCUGCCGCUUCGCCUACGGCGAGCCCUUCCACCAGGCCAUCGCCCGCCACGAGCACUACCUCGCCCACGCCAUUGGCAUCCAGGAAGGCAUGCGCGUGCUAGACGUUGGCUGCGGUGUCGGUGGGCCUGCCCGUGAGAUCGCCAAGUUCACUGGCGCUCACAUCACUGGUCUGAACAACAACGACUACCAGAUUGAGCGUGCGACGCACUACGCCCACAAGGAGGGUCUGUCAAACCAGCUCCAGUACGUCAAGGGCGACUUUAUGCAGAUGUCGUUCCCCGACAACAGCUUCGACGCCGUGUACGCCAUCGAGGCCACUGUCCACGCCCCCACCCUGGAGGGCAUCUACAGCGAGAUCUACCGCGUGCUCAAGCCCGGCGGCACCUUUGGUGUGUACGAGUGGCUCAUGACCGACCAGUACGACAACGACAACCUGCACCACCGCGAGAUCCGUCUCGGCAUCGAGCAGGGUGACGGCAUCUCCAAUAUGUGCAAGGUCGAGGAGGCCCUGCAGGCCAUGAAGGCUGCUGGUUUCGAGCUGCUGCGCAACGAGGACAUGGCCAUCCGCGAUGACCCCUUCCCCUGGUACUGGCCUUUGUCUGGCGACAUGAAGUACAUCCAGUCCGUGUUUGAUGUCUUCACCAUCUUCCGCAUGACACACGUUGGCCGUGCCGUGGCCCACAGCUUCGCCGGCUUGAUGGAGACCUUGAGGCUGGCGCCUGCUGGCACCAAGAAGACUGCCGACAGCUUGGCGUGGGCUGCCGACUGCCUGGUUGCUGGUGGCAAGGAGAACCUUUUCACUCCCAUGUACCUGAUGGUUGGCCGCAAGCCCGAGUAAAGGGUGCAGGGAACUAAGUUAAAAGGAAAAGGAUUGGGAAAAGGGUUGCAUGAUUUAGAGCGGAUGAGACAUGAGCUUGUGUAGACGGCUUGCAGCAUACAUACUUUAAUCAAUGAUAAUUACCUCUUUUCUGUACAACAGCUAUCCGUCCUUGCUGCUUGAGCA